AACUCAUCGUCAGCUACGCGGUUUCAUCAACAAAUGAGUUCUAAUUAUCAGCGACCAAUAGGUAGUAAUUAUCAAGUUUUCGACGAGGAUUCGUGCUCUAAUUAUGGACCCGAGGGAUACGGCAGCACUAGCCCCAAGUAUGGAUCUAUGUUGUCUUGCGCUUCUCCAGAGACACGAUUGAGAAUGUCACCGAGGGAGGACGCAAGUUCGCCGAAUGAAUUGAGCCAGAGGAGUCAAGGACGAGGCUUUGAGGGUGAUGAUCUCACUGAGAGUGCUGCCUUUGACAGGCAAACUGCCCUUAUGGAUGCAGACAUGCAUUGGGAGAUGAAUUAUCACGAGGCUGCUAUUUUUUUGGAGGAAGGAAGAAAUAAUGAGAAGUUCGACUCCCAUCCGAGACAUCCAGAGGAUCUUCCCGCAUAUCUUCUUGUUCACAACAGCUGGUACUAUGGCCUUGAUCUUCUCACAUCGGUGGUGUUGCUGGCAUUGGCGAUCGUUGAAGAACCGGCGAUACCUUUAUUUCAGCUGCCAGUCUGGGCCCACGGAUCCAUUGAACUCUUAGCGUUAAUCACAAUAGGGGUGGAAUUAGCCCUGAAACUCCGGUGGAUCGGCUGGGGUACCAUCCUCAAGCACAAGAGAACAAUGCUUAAGUGUAUCACCCUGGCAAUAAUGUUCCUAGAAGCGACAACAGUCUUAAUUCGUCAAUCUUCACACGUCCGAGUAACUCGUGCUCUGAGGCCGAUUUUCCUGGUGGACACGAAAUACUGCGGUGGCGUCAGACGAUUUAUCCGGCAGAUUCUCCAGACAUUACCCCCAAUUCUCGAUAUGCUGGGUCUCCUUCUGUUUUUCAUCACCACGUACAUGGUUCUCGGGUAUUUUAUGUUUUCCGAGAGCAACAACAACUUUGGAACACUGCAGGAUAGCUUCGUCAGUCUUUUUGUGCUCUUGACAACUGCCAACUUUCCUGACGUCAUGAUGCCCUCGUACUCCCGCAGCAAGUGGUACGCCAUAUACUUCGUAACAUAUCUCUGCACAAUGCUCUACGUGAUGAUGAACCUGAUGUUAGCAGUCGUCAACGAGACAUUCACGUCAGCCGAGCGCGACAAGUUCAAAAAGCUCUUCCUCCACAAGAGACGGGCCUGUCAGCACGCGUUCAAGCUGCUCGUCUCCAAACAAAAUCCGGAUAAAAUGCGAUUUCGUCAGUUCGAGGGACUGAUGCGUUACUACGCACCCCAGAAGAGCACUCUCGAUGUCAUUCUCAUGUUCAGGCACAUGAAUGGCUCGGGGAGUGGUGCACUUAGCUGUGAAGAAUUUUUGGCAGUUUACGAUGUCACGACCCUCCAGUGGGAGCCACAGUUCACGGGGAUACCCUGGUAUCACACCGCCUGGCCACCCCUACAGAUGCUCUGCACUGGGGCCAACGCUGCCAUCAUGUGGCCCUAUUUCGAGAGCUUUGUUUAUGCAACGAUAAUCGGAAAUGGAGUUGCAAUGUUCAUCAGACUAUUUCAAUCGAAUGCUGAUCUAAUCGAAUCAGCUCACAGAUUCGCCGCCUGCUGGGACACUCUCCUCUUCGGUGCAUUUUUUGUCACUGAAGCACUGAUCAAAGUCCUCGGGCUGGGAAUGCGGAGGUACCUCAGCUCUGGAUGGAACCUUUUCGAUCUUGGGGCUUCCAUAAUGUCCCUCGUCGCCGCCUGUGCCCUCACACUCUUCCCGGGGGCAACGUACUUGGUGAUAUUCCGACCUCUGCGACUGCUGAGAUUAUUCAAAAUGAAGAAGAGAUACAGAGAUGUGUUUGGAACACUUGUCAUUUUAUCACCGCUCAUGUGCUCCACCGCCAUUGUUAUGCUGAUUUUGUACUACUUUUUUGCUAUUAUUGGAAUGGAAAUGUUCGCCGGGUAUGACAUGAGGAAUUGUUGCGUGAAUACAACAGUUGAAGAUUUCUACAAAUAUUCGGCAAACGGAAGCACAGCCCUGGGCUACUAUUACCUCAACACCUUCGACAAUCUGAUCGCAAGCAGUAUGACAUUGUUUGAAUUGACAGUUGUCAAUAAUUGGUUCAUAUUCAUGAAUGCGUAUGCAUUUACUGCUGGUCAUUAUACCAGAGUCUACUUCAUGAUAUUCUACCUGGUGACCAUGAUUGUUCUGACAAUUGUCGUGUCAAGCUUCCUCGAGGCUUUCAGAUUCCGAAUUCAGUACAAAAGAUCGACGUCAAAACGAGACGAGGAAAAAAUGCUGCAUGAGGAAGUUGAAUUAAGGUGGGAUGAGCUCCAGUCUAUUGUCCAAGAUUUUCAACUGCUGGAGCAGUUGCGGGGUCUGCUCGUAGUUGGGAGCACGACAACAUACAUUGGCUCGCGGCCCCGAACCCGUGAAGUUCUUCAAAGGAGAAUGUACACGAAUGAGAUAUUCGAGUGGUUAGCUGAAGCGAAACUCGAAGAAAAAGACGUGAGAUCUGGUGCAGGCAACAGUUUCGAUGAAAUUGGAAUAGAGGAUGGUGACAUUGAUCCAGAACAAGUUGUUCUCGGUCGUGAACGAGCACUCCAUCACCGCAAUGGUGUAACAACGAGUCCCAUGUAACUCUAGUAUCAAGAUUACGAUCGAAAACCACUGGAAUCAGUGGCAAUUUAUCCAUUUGCCGCUUUCACAUGCAAUUUUUAUUUUUUCUGUUGUCUUGGUGACGCAUGACAAUUUUUCUUCCAUCGUUUUUCCUAUGCAGAAAGUGACAAGAGUCACUAUUGGCAGAUUCAUGGAGAUGAUCGAUUAUUUCAUGGGAAUAAUCGACCAUUUGAGAAUCGAUGAUUUCAUAAUCGAUUGGUGGAUCCGAAGUUUAUUCAUCAGUGAAAGUAAGUCC